GAUGGCAGCAGACCACCAUUCUCUCAGUGCCUCUUGGAAUUUUCAUUUUACUGAAUCGCGCUGGUUCGAGUUUGCACGCGAACGCGUUGUGAUUCUCUCACGCACGCUUGAAUUUUGAGUUUUUCCUGGACCCGUUCGGAUUCAAAAUGCUGCUGAAACCUGUGCUGCUUCUGUGCUGGACCUUGGCGAUUGUCUCAGCUGACACUGGUGUUCGUUCCAAUGCGGCUGAUGGAGAUGUAUCCGCAAUUACAUCGGAAACCUACAAACCGCCUGUCAGCACUAAUGAUGCACAAACAGAUGUAAAUGUUGAUGUUAAAACUCCGCCGAAUGCAGAUCCCAAAGAGUCUUCAAGUGUCAGUCCACACACAACAAAGCCAACAAUUUCGACUACAACUUCCCACAUAACUACAACCCCAUCUACAACAACUACAUCCACAACUACAUCCGCGACUACAACUACUACCGCUAACACAACUACUACAACUUUGGCUCCUACAACUCCAGCACCAAUAACUCCACUUCCUCCGCCAAGUACCGGCAAGUGGACGUUAAAAGAUAAAAAUAGCACGGUGUGCAUUAUCGUUCAAAUGGCUGCGCAGUUCAAUAUUUCUUACACCAAUGCCAACAAUGUGACGAUCAGCAAAGCGAUGGAUGUACCUAGCAACAGUAAUUACACAGGAGACUGUGGCAAAACCGAACAAAAUCUGACGCUGUCGUGGAAGUCGCACAACAAUUCUAACAGUCAGAACAAUUUUACGCUUCAUUUCGUGAAAAACGAGACGGACAAGCAUUAUUCUCUUCAUCACUUGGAGAUCUCUUUGGCACCGCAGGAAUUUCCGAGUAACACAACAAAUAAGACCGUGACUGUGGUACAUAUGGCGCCGCAAUUCGACACCGGAUUAAGCAACUCUUACAGAUGCCUCAAGGAACAAUCGCUGAACUUAACUCUCCCGAAUAACAACGCAACUAUCGGACACAUAAAAGUGUCACACUUGCAGUUCCAAGCUUUCAGAGGUGACAACACCACAGUUUUUGGUCUGGCCAAGGAUUGUUCGUUUGAUACGCCUGACAUCGUUCCCAUAACAGUGGGUUGCGCAUUGGCCGCCUUAGUCUUUAUCGUAUUGGUUGCGUAUCUCUUCGGCCGCAGGCGAAGUCAGACCCGCGGUUAUCUUAGCAUGUAAACCGAGCAGCCGGUGUAGGCUGCUUUCUUCUUUCUUCCUUUAUUUUAUUAUUUUUUUUUUUUAAUCGUUAAACUUGUAAUUUUUUUAUGCUAUUUUCUGUUUAUCGUCGAAUCGAUCAUCUUAAUGGAGAAUUUAAGUAGUUUAUUAUUUUUUGUGUUCUAUAGCCACGAGAGGGAGGGCUGUGACACGUUAAGAGGAACUAUAGUUUAUACGUUUAUAAAAAGGUUAUCGCGUCGCGUGCGGAAAUGUGUAUAUUAGAGAAAAAGAGACGGAGAAAAAGAAAAAAAAAUUAUAUAUAUGUGUAUACAUACAUCCAUAUCGCGUAGCGGUACGAUAUUGAUACAGAGAGCGGGUGAUAAUUUCGCAAAGCGACUGUGCCCCGAUCCGCAAGGGCGAUACUCUUUCCGAUAAGAAUUUCAAAGUAACGUAGUUAAGUUGUGUAAGAUCUGCAUUACGUCUUCGCUGCAUCCGAGUUUUUUUCGAUUGGCAGCAAGGAUUUUUUUUUCUUUUUUUUUUUUUCUUAUCUUCCAAACGCGAUCAUGGCGUAAAGCAACAGUAAAGAGGAUUUCUUUUUUUUUUUCUUUUUUUUUUGUGUACGUUGUAGCGUUUGAGAACUAGGAUGUGUUGAACACUCGUCGUUCUGAAGCCAUAGUUUCCUGUGUAUUACGGAGAAAUAUUUACAUGUGUAAAACGCGAAACUUCGCCCUUAUAUGUUCUUCUGUUUUUCUUUUUUUUUUUUAAGAGAGUGAAUCGUUGUCCUGACUUCACCACGAUGCGACAUUUAUGUUUUUACGUCGCGCGCUUUAUGUAUAUCGGGUUGCGGUUCGAUUACGUCUCGUAUUCGAAUUCUUUUUACUUGAAACGUACUACUACAUUGCGGUAACAAGCCAAUUGUUUGUAUAUUAGCCCUAGGUGUGCGUGCGCGCGUGAGUGAAAUCGGAAAAAGAUACUACUGUGUGAAGAAGCACGAGCUGAGCUUGGUAAUAUUGAAGAAAAAAAAGAAAAAAAAAAGUCAAUGAGUUGUGCUUCUUCGGAAAUGAGCACACACAGAUUUUUAGGUACUACGAAAGGUGCAAUCUUUUUAGACAUAAAAAAAACAAAAUGUUAACUUCAAUUAUAUAUAUAUAUAUAGUGUGAGUGAGCUGUAACUCAAUAUCUUUAAACAAUACAUGCGACUUUUUUGAAAAAAAAAAAAAAAAAAUUUCUUUCAAGAGAGAUGAGCGAAUUUGAAUAUGUUCUAAUGUAAAAUGACACAGUUUUGAAAACGAAAAAUAAAUAUACAUACUGCUUCUAUAGAAGUGCUGGUGAUUUUCUCAAUGGCAAGUUCUUGUGCGCAUUCGAAGAAAAAUUUGUAUUUAUAGAAAGUAAUUUCCCGUAAAGUAAUUAAACGCUUAACUCGAAUCAUUUUUCAACGGCUUUUAUCUGGUUCGAGAUAACAUGUGAGGAAAAAACAAAUAAUGAGAUCUGAUGAUUUGUCUCUGUAAACAAUCUAGGAGAGGAAAUUGCACAAUCUUACAACAAUCGGCAACAAAAAAAGCAUUUUGCUGAUGCACCACCGUCAUGCACCGUGCUGCUUCAUUAACGUUUAUAUUAAUUGUGACAAGACUGAAUGACUGAAUAGUUAGGUGAAAGUGGAGGGCAAAAAGUAAAAUCGAACAAAUUUAACCAUAAUUGAUUACAAAGUGCUGUACAUAAAACGAGGUGGUGAUGUACUGUCUUUUUGGAUUAUGUGAAUUGAAUGUACUCUGCGGCUAGGCAAAAUCUAUUCAUUAUUCAACAAUAAAUGAGAUAUUUCAACAA